AUGGCUGAGGAAAUUUCAUUAUCACUAGAAGAGACCAAUAAGAUACGAAUUCAGUUAGGUUUAAAACCUAUUGUGCUUGCUGAUUCUGGUACUACUAGUGGAAACAAUCAUAAGUUACCUGAAGUUCGAGGAGACCAGAAGGAUAUAAAGACACAAUUUAUAGAUGAAAAUAGGAUCAGUAAUAUUAGAAAACGUUUAAACAAAGCAUCACAGCAGAUAAUUCUUAACUUAAAUGACGAGUCACAAACAAAUGAAGGAUGGUUGAACAAAGUUGGAAGUCAAGACAAAAACCAUACUGUGAAUAUAUCAUUUGACGAUGAAGUAGAAGAUGACGAUGAUGGAAAUAUGCCUGUAUUGAAAUUGUCGCAUAAGCUUAGCGAAUUUCAAAAUGGGAAGGAUAUCAUCUUAACGUUGAAAGAUAAGAGUAUAAAUGAUGACAAAUCUGACGAUGAUGUUUUAGAAAAUGAGGCCUUAUCUACAUUCAAAGAUCAGAGUAAAAAUUUGAAAUUAAAAGAUAUGAAUAAAGAAAGAAGGCGAAAGAAAUACACUUUGAAUGUAUCAAGUAAAGACUUGGAGGAUCAAGACUCAGAUAAAGAAGAGCAAGGAUCAGUUUUAAGGAUAAACGCAAAUUCUACCAUUCCAACAGAUAUUGAGGAACAGGGUCAUGUGAUUGACAACAAUGAAAAGGUCAACAAAAUAAAAGUUGAAUUUUCCGAUAAUGACAGUGAAGAUGACUUUAAUGGUGGUGACUUUAAGGUUGCAAAAAUUAAAAAGAGAAAAAUUAAAGAUUUCAAAUCAAUUAAAAAACGUAAAAAGAUCAAUUUACCUUCAUUGAUUAAAGAAGUUAAACUUAUUGAUGAGGAUGAGGAUGAGGAUGAUUUGUUAAGCUUGAAAAUAAACCGUACAACUGAUAAUUUUAAGAAAGAACGACCCGACUUGGUUAAUGAAGCUGAACACGAUAUUAAAAAGGAGGCAAUGGAAAAUCGGAGAAGAGAAAUGGAGAUUAGAAAGCUUCGUAAUAAUGAUAAGGUAGCAGCAACUGGCGGGGGUUUGAUGAUUGAUGAAUCGGCCAGUUUCUUAACUAAGUUGAAUUCUAAAUUGAUUGAGUCCGAUGACGAGAAAGAAAAUGCGAUUGUAGAUGAUAUAUUUACUGAAGAAGAUAAAACACAUACGUCUACACCAUACAAUCGUUUAGAAUCUACUCUACCAUCUAUUCCAAAUGACAAGACCCAAAGUGAUACUAGUGCUAAUAAAGAGGUUACUUUUUCUAGCGGUUUGGCCUCAACUUUGCAUUUUCUUCAGGACCGAAAUGUUUUACCUACGAAACAAGAAAUAACUGAUAAUCCUUCUAAUGAUGAAUUAUUAAAGUUGAAGAAAAAAAUUGGACAUCGAAAGUUAGAGGAAGAAAGAGAAAAGAAAUAUGGCUCAGAUACUCGAAUUCAGAAGGAUCAACGUACAGUAUCCAAUAUACAGAGUGAAAUAUUGAAGGAAUAUAACCCAGAGAUUAAUCUUGUGUAUAGGGAUGACAAUGGAAAUGAAUUAACGACAAAAGAAGCAUAUAAAAAAUUAUCUCAACGAUUCCAUGGGACCAAAAGUAACAAACGGAAACAGGCAAAGUUCGAUGAGCGUGUUCAACAAAGAAAUACACAGAAACGAUCAGCAAUGCAAUCCAACUUUUUUGAGUCGAUAACUAACAAUAAAGAAGGAGAAUGA